AUGGCAGGCGGUCACGGUCCAGCCCGGGGUCACGGCGGCCACCCUAUCCACGUCCACCCCGUCCGACCUCUCUACAGAUUCGCCGCGGUCGGCCUUGGAGCUUCAAUGUGGUUUUUCUUGUUCUACAGAGCGCGAUACGACCUCCCCGUACUUCUUGGCUGGAGACAUCCAUGGGACCAUUGA